AUGCUUCAUCAACAACCCCAACACCUCAUUUUGGCAUUUACAUUAUUGUUCGUCGACCUAGUCACCUACUCGACAUACGCCGCCUUCCUCCGGAAGCACUCCGCAAAUCAAAAUCAAAAUACGAAACACGAAAAUCCGGCAGAACAUUUCCGGUACAUACUUGAUGCGCCCCGCUGCGGCUUUUUCUUAGCUUCGACCUCCACAACAGUCACUUUGACGCUAGCCCUCAGAGGCUUUUCCCGUCGCAGCCCGCAGGUCCUCCUGGAAAUGGGAGAUUUGUCUUCUGUCUGA